CAUAUUGCGUGUAUAUAAACGGCUUGUAACGCACCAUCAAUACACAGUUUCCAGUUUCCACCAUGAUCCGGACAAUCGCUCUACUAUGCCUCGUGGCUGCACCGGCUUUCGGUGCUUUCACAGCCAAUAUGAGGGUGAGGUUUGACUUGAAUCCGUUCGGCUUCGGUUCCUCAUCUUUCGUCGAGAUGCCACUUACUAUAUGGGAAGCGAUUGCCAAAAACUGGGUGCAGAAGACCGGCCCUACCCUCCCAAGUGGCUAUGAGAACCUGGUCCUUUAUGGCCCCGCUGAUGACAACACCCUCAACUUAUACUACGAUGACAACUAUCAGAUUGCUGCUUUCCAAAUUGGUCUGGACCAAGAACAAAUAAGCGAUUCGGUAUACGAUUUCGAAAAUCAAGGAUUCACAAGCUGGACCACUACAUUGUCAAAUGGCACAUCUAGAGAUUAUUGGACCAUCAGAGCAUACUUUUCCACUGCUGAUUAUCUUGCGACUGACGCAACAGCUCGCAACUCUUCAAGAAAUACUGAGACGUUGAUCCAGGGUGGUUCCAUGGUAGUGACUGGUUUCAACGGAGAAUUGUACACGAUUUCCUCCGACCCUACCGUACUUGCCGACACGAGCGUCAGUGGGUUCACAGAGCAAGCCUGCAUGAUAUAUAUGGGUCACCAUUUCUACUACAACAUGACCACAAGCUUGGAGUGCGCUGAAGGAAGGCUGUUCCCCUGGUUCCCACUUUCCUACAACGGAGUAGUGAUGGGCAUUGGCUUCAAUUUUAUCGGCAAAUACGCCGUGAGACCUGACAAUUUCAAUUAUUUCGAAAGUCCUGGAGUAGCAGCUGUUAAGGUCAUCGUACCAAAAGGUCCCGAAUGUUUCUACGAGUUAGCAGAAAACCCCGGCGUGGUCACCAUGCAUGUUUAUUUCAUCGAAACCCCCAGACAAGCUCUUUGUGUUUUCGAGGGUUGAUCCAUCAAAAUCAGACUUUUUUGCUGCAGAUUAUAAUGUCUCAGUUUGGCAUAUUUUCGAAGAUUAAACAUGUUGUUUCCAAA